AUGAAAGUUUUGAUAGGUGUUGCAUUCAUCCAUUUGAAGUGUGGUAACAAAGUUGCGAAGUUUGUUUGCGAUCUCCCUACUGUGUCCCCACGCAUAUUACUAUCUGGUCCUGCAGGUUCAGAAAUAUAUCAGGAGACUCUGACAAAGGCACUUGCCAAAGAUGCCGGUGCUAGACUACUAAUUGUGGAUUCACUUCAAUUGCCUGGUGGAUCGAUACCCAAAGAAGUCGAUUCUUCUAGAGAAAGUUUGAAGUCUGAAAGAGUCUCUGUGUUUGCCAAAAGAGCUGUGCAGGCGGCAUUACAAUCUAAGAAACCUACAUCUAGUGUUGAGGCUGACAUAACUGGUGACAGAGUAAAGUUUGUGGGUACCUCCUUAGCCUCUGCAAUCUCUUCUUUGCAGCCUCCUCUGAAGGGACCGACAAUUGGUUUACGAGGCAGGGUGGUCCUUGCUUUUGAAGGAAAUGACUCUUCUAAAAUUGGAGUUAGAUUUGAUAGAUCGAUCCCAGAAGGCAAUGAUCUGGGUGGUCUUUGUGAAGAGGAUCAUGCUAAUUCACUUCGUUUGGAUGGUUCUGGAGGAGAAGAUGCUGACAGGCUAGCUAUUAAUGAGCUCUUUGAGGUCCUUGCUACUUUCACUGGAGCGAUGUUGGUUGCUUUAAAUGAAAGUAAAAAUGGCCCCCUAAUCUUGUUUGUGAAAGACUUGGAAAAGUCUGUGGUGGGAAAUCAAGAUGCAUAUGUGUCCUUAAAGAGCAAGCUUGAAAGUUUACCAGAGAAAGUUAUCGUAAUUGGUUCCCAUACCCAGAUUGACAAUCGUAAGGAGAAGUCCCAUGCUGGUGGUCUUCUAUUUACAAAGUUUGGAGGCAACCACACGGCUUUACUUGAUCUUGCUUUUCCGGAACCUUAUCUCGAGGCAAAGCCUUACGAAGAGUGCCCUGGUGAGGAUAGCUUUGGUAGAUUGAGUGAUAGGAGCAAAGAAACACCCAAAGCAAUGAAGCAGCUUUCUCGGCUGUUCCCAAACAAAGUGACAGUACAGUUGCCUCAGGAUGAAUCUCUGCUUGUCGACUGGAAACAGAAGUUGGAGCGUGACAUUGAAACUCUGAAAGUGCAGGCCAACAUUGUUAGCAUCCGUUCAGUUCUCAGCCGAGUUGGUAUGUGUUGCCCCGAUUUAGAAGCUGUGUGUGUUAAAGAUCAAGCCCUUGCAACUGAAAGUGUGGAGAAAAUAGCGGGAUGGGCUUUGAGUCACCAUUUCAUGCAUUGUUCUGAAGCCUCUGUCAAAGAUUCCAAACUUUUUAUAUCUUCGGAAAGCAUUAUGUAUGGGUUGAGCAUUCUUCAUGGCGUGCAAAAUGAAAGCAAGAGCUUGAAGAAGUCCCUGAAGGAUGUGGUCACUGAGAAUGAAUUUGAGAAGAAACUUCUAGCAGAUGUUAUUCCUCCUAAUGACAUUGGAGUUACUUUUGACGACAUUGGAGCCUUAGAAAAUGUGAAGGAUACCUUGAAGGAACUGGUUAUGCUUCCUCUGCAAAGACCUGAAUUGUUUUGCAAAGGACAGCUGACGAAGCCUUGUAAAGGAAUAUUGCUUUUCGGGCCUCCUGGUACUGGGAAAACAAUGCUUGCAAAGGCUGUUGCAACUGAGGCUGGUGCAAACUUUAUAAAUAUAUCUAUGUCGAGCAUUACUUCUAAGUGGUUUGGAGAGGGUGAAAAGUAUGUCAAGGCAGUUUUCUCUUUAGCUAGUAAAAUUGCUCCCAGUGUUGUUUUCGUCGAUGAGGUGGAUAGCAUGUUGGGAAGACGUGAAAAUCCAGGGGAACAUGAGGCUAUGCGUAAGAUGAAGAAUGAGUUCAUGGUGAAUUGGGAUGGUCUGCGCACUAAAGAUAAAGAGCGAGUGUUGGUACUUGCUGCUACAAAUAGACCAUUUGACCUUGAUGAGGCUGUUAUUAGGAGGCUUCCUCGGAGAUUAAUGGUUAACUUGCCAGAUGCACUGAAUAGAGAAAAAAUUGUGAGGGUUAUCUUGGCCAAAGAGGAUUUGACACCUGAUGUUGAUUUAGAAGCAGUUGCGAGUAUGACCGAUGGUUAUUCUGGAAGUGAUCUAAAGAAUCUCUGUGUUACUGCUGCACAUUGUCCUAUACGAGAAAUAUUAGAGAAGGAAAAGAAGGAAAAAGCUUUGGCAUUGGCGGAGAAUAGUCCUUUACCCACUUUGUACAGCAGUGCUGACAUCCGUCCUCUCAAGAUGGAGGAUUUUAGAUAUGCGCAUGAACAGGUGUGCGCAAGUGUGUCAUCAGAGUCCUCAAAUAUGAAUGAACUUCUCCAAUGGAACGAUCUAUAUGGAGAAGGUCGCCUUAUUCUCCUCAAAAGGUGGCCUAGAUUUAGGGACCUGUGUUUUAUGGAAAUUCCUUUGCAGGUUCCGACCCUUUGUACCAUAGAAUAG